AUGACCCGGUUGCUGACCAAAACAUUUGCUUUCAGCAGAAGCGGAGGUUGACAGUGAAGCAGCAAGGCAGACUUAACCGGGAUAAGUUAAACUUUCUUGCGAACUAACUACAUAGCCUUGAAACAAUAAUAAGGGACACGAUUUAACAUCCAUUUCUAGUUACGUGUUUGUAGCUGCACUUGCUAGUGGCUGUCAGUUCAUUCGGAUGUUGCAAAUCUGUUGGUUUUUAGAUUAUCUGGAGCCCUGGUUGCUCUCAGGUUUGCCUGAACAUUUAAGGAAUAUUAAUUGACCUGUAAAUAUCCUAUGUGAGCUGUGAUAUUGAAGGGAAUUAUUUCCCAGCUGCUGGUUCAGAUGCCUUGCCUGGAAAAGUCAAAGGAGAAAAGGACAAAUAGACCAAAACUAGACUGGACGUUUGUCCAGAGGUUCUGCAGCAUCCAGAGGGUUCUGUUCCCAUCAUGGUCCAGUCAAAGUGUGCUAAUGUUCGGAACGCUGCUGGGUGUCUCUCUGACAGAGCAGCUGAUCAUUUACCAGGUGGGCAUCCUCCCCAGUCACUUCUACAACGUGCUGGCAGACAAAGAUUAUUCCGGCUUCAGGAGUCUGAUGGGAACAGCAAUGGUGCUCAUUUUGCUCAACUCCACGCUUAAAAGUCUUGACCAAUACAUUUGCAAUCAAAUGUAUCUCAGCUGGAGGACGACCCUGACUGAGAGCCUCCAUUCGUCCUACUUCCAGGGCAGAGUUUAUUACAUACUAAAUGUACUCCAAGAGGACAUUGAUAACCCAGACCAGCGGAUCAGUCAGGAUGUGGAGAGGUUCUGUAAGCAGAUGAGCACCAUGGCCAGUCGCUUGAUUGUCUCACCGUUCACAAUUUCUUACUACACCUACCAAUGCUUCCGCAGCACCGGAUGGAUUGGUCCUGUGAGUAUCUUUGGAUAUUUUGUUGUUGGAACUAUUGCCAAUAAAAUCCUCAUGGGGCCCAUUGUGUCCACUCUGUUUGAGCAAGAGAAACUGGAGGGAGACUUCAGAUUUAAACACAUGCAAAUUCGUGUCAAUGCAGAGUCCGCCGCCUUUUUCAGAGCUGGUAAAGUGGAGCACAUGAGAACUGACCGAAGGCUGCAGGCCCUGCUGCAGACCCAGAAGAGCCUCAUCAACAAGGAGCUCUGGCUUUAUAUUGGAGUAAACACCUUUGACUACCUCGGGGGGUUCCUCAGCUACAUUAUAAUCGCCAUUCCCAUCUUCACUGGUGUUUACGAUGGUCUCACUCCAGGUGAACUCAGCGCACUCAUCAGUAAGAACGCCUUUGUGUGCAUCUACUUGAUAAACGGCUUCACGCAGUUAAUAGACCUGUCAACUACUCUGUCAGAUGUGGCGGGAUACACCCACAGGAUUGGGGAGCUGAGGGAGGCGAUGGAUGACAUCCUUCACAAGCAGUGCGAUUAUGACCCCGCAUCCGGGGAAAGCUACGACUUUGACAGUGACUUUAAUGUCCAUGCGGGCCCUGUGGAUACGGCCUUCAUCCUGGACCACCUUUCGUACAAAUCUCCGUACUCGGAUCAGCUCCUGGUGGAGGACCUGAGUCUAAAAAUCAGCCAGGGGACUCACCUGCUGGUGGUGGGGAACACAGGCACAGGGAAGACGUCCCUGCUGAGGGUCCUCAACCGUCUCUGGGAGGCACACAGCGGUUUUGUCCAGAUGACCACAUGUUUUGGUCCCAGAGGGACCCUCUUCCUACCUCAGAAACCCUACAUGACCGACGGCACUCUGCGUGAGCAGGUGAUUUACCCGCUGAAGGAUAUUUACCCUGCAUCAGCCUCGUUUUCAGGGUCAGUAGAUGAUGAUAGAAUUAUUCAAUUCCUGGAACUAGCAGGAGUGUCAAACCUCUUGAAACGAACCGGUGGUCUGGAUGAGAAAGUGGACUGGAACUGGUAUGAUGUUCUGUCUCCAGGUGAAAUGCAGCGCCUCUCCUUUGCGCGACUCUUCUACCUGCAGCCAAAAUAUGCAGUUUUAGACGAAGCCACCAGUGCUUUAACAGAGGAAGCAGAGGCUCAGCUGUACCGGACCUGUAAACAGCUGGGCAUGACUUUGAUCAGUCUGGGACACCGUAGCAGCCUUGAAAAGUACCACGACAUGCAACUGAAGCUAUGUGGAGAAGGCCGAUGGGAGUUAAUCAAGUUAAAAGCAACCAGUGGGACCCUCAGCCUCAGACAAGAAGCCACGUGAACCCGCUGACCUGCAGGAAACCUCAAGGUUUCUUAAUAACUUAUCAUUCAAAUCCUCUUAAACAUGUUUCAAUCAGUCCAUGUGAGCAGUCUUGAACAACUGUUUGAUUAUUUUCUUAUCUAAAGCAAUCAAGGAAUGCAGUGUUUUACUAAAAAAAGACUUGAGAUUCAGAAACUGGACCCAAAAAAAUGUUUUAUUGUGUUAAAAAUCUUAUAGAAAAACACUUCUUAAGUGCAUUAAAGUUAUUUUUGCAAUGAUGUUAUUCAUAGCCACAUCUGACGGUUUCACAGUCUUAAAAUGAAGACAUGUGGGUUGUUAAAAAAGAUUUAUAUGUACAAUAAAAUGAAACAUUUGGUCAUUAAAAUAAUUUUUUCUUUAAA